AUGGCUAUGAUAUUUGGGAAAUGAGAAAGGAAAACUCCAGAAGCUGUCCAAAACAUUGACCAAGACUCACUGUUUCGGUGCUUCUUCGUUGCUUCCUAUCCAAAAAGAGGAAUCUAAGGUGCUCAUUUCUCCUGUCCUGUGCACAAGGCAAACAGUGACUCCUAAUUUUCAUUCUUAUUACCCAAACUACCAUUGUUACUCUUGUAGUUGAAAGAAAAUUUGUAAAAGAUUUCUUUAAACACCCACACAGACAUGGAUGAGAGGUUGCAGAAUGCUGCCAUGGAAGGAAAUGUGGAUGCAUUAUAUUUAGUGGUUGCAGAGGAUCCUUAUGUUUUGGAGCGUAUUGAUCAAGUACCAUUUGUGACUACUCCCUUACACACAGCUGCAAGGGAGGGAAUGACCUAUUUUGCCAAGGAAAUACUAAACUUAAGGCCUUCAUUUGCUUGGAAGCGAGAUCAUAUUGGGCGUAGCCCUCUCCAUUUGGCUUUGGAGGGGAAGCACUUGCAGGAACGGCUUAGUCCUCAUGAUUUGAAUUUGGAGGGGAAGUACCAGGAAGUUGUUACGUGGUUGAUAAAACAUGACAGUGGGCUUGUCCAUGUUAAAGCAAGGGGGAUGGUUACUCCUUUGCAUUAUGCAGCUCAACUAGACGAUGAAUCCAAUUUGACAGACUUUUUGUAUGUUUGUCCAUUAUCAGUCGAAGAUUUGACUGUUAGAUCUGAAACUGCUGUCCAUCUCGCCCUCAUAAACGGGAGUUUGAAAGCCUUUAAAGUCCUGUUAGGAUGGCUCCAAUACGUCAACAAAGAGGAGAUCCUGAACUGGGAGGAUGAAGAAGGAAACAAUGCAUUGCAUACUGCAGUUUCUGCAAAUCAACCAGAGGCGGUGAAACUGUUGAUUGGAUGUAUGAAAGUGAAUAAAAAGAACGGUAAAGGUUUAACAGCUUUGGACAUCUUCAAUGAUCGCCAAGGUCAAGAUUUGGUAGAUGCAGCAGUUGGGGACAUUCUACUUGCUGCUAAAGCUAAAAGUGCAUCUCAACUCCAUUGUCCGUCUUUAAGAGGUUCAGAAGAAGCUUCACUAUUUGAGAACUCUUCCAGGGGCUUAUCAUUUUCUGCAAGAAUUCUGAAAAGCUUUGGUCUGGGUUACCGAAGCGUUGAUAAAGUUCCACUUGAAGUCCGAAAUGUUCUACUUGUGGUGGCUAUAUUGAUAGCCACAGCCACCUAUCAAGCUGCAUUAAGCCCUCGUGGAGGAUUUUGGCAAGAGGACAGCAAUCUGCAGCCUCCAGCCACCAUCAGCGCUAUCAGUAACACGACGGCCAGUACCAUCUAUAAUACAAAGCCUUUUGAUCACCUUGCAGGGAACAUGAUUCUGGGGUCUUUAGGCCAAUUAUUAUUUUUGACAUUUAAUUCUUCAGCCUUUUUUACGUCUUUGUGCUUAAUUGCCACCCUCGUGACUGGGCUCCCAUUUUACAGAAUCAUUAUCCGAUUGAUAUCUUUGAUGGUAUUUUCGUAUUAUGUUUCUAUUCUUGAAACUUUUGACUACAACGAAAGGACCUCUGUAGGGCCUUUGCUUCUCAUUUUUCUGCUUGUAAGUUUUCUUGCAGCAUAUUAUAUUACAGUAUUUUUAAAUUACCAACAACUGAAGCUCACAUGGCAUGGCCGCCGGAGGAACCUAUGUCUGGGAAGCUUUGAACAACCCAAGAUGUGAAUUCAGCUAGUGAAUUUAUUUUUCUGUGUCGCUUGUUUAUGUUUUGUUUUUGGAGUAAGCAUUGUUUGAAAUGUUACAUCUGCUCCGAAAAAACCUAAUAAAGGUGUUUCUUUCACUUUUGCAAAUGAUAA